CUCAUUUUCAAGUUUUUAUCUAAUUUUAAUAUGGCAAAAUUAAUUAAAAAUGUAAAUAAACCAAUUAAUUAGCAUUGGGUGCAUUAAUGAAACUCGCACUCUCAGCACAAAGACUGUUCCUUCGAUUUUCGGCUUCUUUGUGUUACAAACCAAACAUUACUCCACAAAGGCUUACCAAGCACUGUUUCACUAUCCAAAAUGAACUAGUUGGGUACUGACAGCCUCUGGUGAGAUGGAAUCACCUCCAUCAACUUCCAGUUGGUCUCAGCAUUCUCAGCCUUUUAUUUUGAGUGACGAUAGUGGUUUACUAUUAACUACAGGCUCGUUUUCGAGUGGAAACACCAGCUUUGAAAGUAGGAGUGGAAGGAAACAUUUCUUGUUUGAGGACAGCGAUUGUGAAGAACGUUCCUCCCUCUCACAAGACGACUCUCUAGAUGGCAUGUCUGAUAUUAUGUGCGGUGAAAACUUCAAUACAUUAAAAAAACAACCAAAUUGGAGCGAAAUAAAGCAAACCACCUCGCCAAUCGAACCGCCCCUGGAGUUUCAGGACCGGCCUCAAUCCGUCUCCCCACCUCCAGUAGUAGAUUUUUUUUGUGAUAGAUUAACCCAUCAGAUUUUGAAAAGAGUCAUGCUGGAUUUCAGAUACAAAGAUCGAUCCAGGUACCAUUCAUCGAACAAUCUGGAACAUCAGCAUCCUAUAUCGCCGCCUCCUUUGCCCUCGCGCGCCCUCCACCACAAGCAACCGCCCAUCCGCCCUUUGCCCGAACUUCCUUCCGGUUUCACCCGAGCUCCGCCCACCAUAAGCAAAUCCACCACAUAUCUAAGCUAUUCUUCUCCUUACAGGAGCCAAAGCAUGUCAUACAAACAAUCAUAUCCUAGUCCCACAUCGAAUUUCGUUAGUUCUGCUUCUAAUUUCGCUAGUUCGGCUUCUCCUUAUGUGAGCCACACGCCUCGGCCGUCCUCGCGUUCAUCAUUAGGCGGAUCGUCACGUCUCAGUUCCUCACAUAAUUCUUUGUCAGUGUCGCAUACGAGACGGGUGGACGAUUCGUCUUUCAUUACACAAGCAGUUUCGCAUGAUACAUUAUCAUCCAAUCAGAUUAGCGAUCUAUAUAAUGUCCCAUUUGAUAGUGACGUUUACGCGGUUCCUGUUGAUGUGGUCAAACAACCCGGAGUUAAACCCAAAAGAGGGGGGGCUUAUAGUUGUUUGAGCGGACACUUGUUGACUGCGGCUAGUAAGAAGAGACGCAGGAAUACUACUUCUGUUGGGUUGAAGGAGGAUGGCAGGCAACAACCUAGGAGUGGUAGAAAAAGUGUUUCUAGAAGCGAACAAUCACAUUGGUCCUAUUAUCAAUCAGAAAAUAAACGUCAUAGUGUGGCCGGUACUUCAACAAGUGCAGGUGGUAAUGAACCAAUUCAUAUGACCCUGCAAGAAGUGAGGACGUAUUUACAGACUCUUUACUCUAGCAGUUCGGAUUCUAGCGACACAAAGGAUUUCAGUUGUAGGAAGAAAAAUAAUUGCGCUAAUGGUACAUUAGUUGCCACAAAUAACAAUAAUAAUAAUAUAAAUAAAAAGUAUCAUUUGACAAGGAAUAUUGGAAGUGAGCACCAUCAGUUAAUGAAUCGGCCUAAAAAAUCCACUUUCCUAAUAAACAUUAAAAAUAAGAAAGUAAAAGACAGUAGUUGUAAUAAUUCUAGAGCUUUAACAAUAUCACCUGUUAAAAAGGAAGUGAAAAAGAGGAAAGUUUUCAGUUUUAAGCAGGCCCUUUGCAAUAUAUUUCGCUUUAGACGAUUUUUGUCUGUCGAAGAAAAAACUGAAAAAUGUGAGACUGAAAAAAUCCAAUACGAAUUGGGUUCUAGUAAUAUUGAAAACUCUCUGACAAGUCGGGCUUUGCCUCCACUACCCAAAAAAGAAGAAGAAAUGCCAAAUACGAUUAUCGAAGACGAUCAGGCUUUGGAUUUCGCUACAAGCAUACAAAGAGUUAAAGACUACGGUUGGUAUUGGGGCCCGCUCUCUAGCGAAGCAGCUGAAAAAAUCUUAUCCAACGAACCAGACGGAUCUUUUAUUGUAAGAGACAGCAGCGACGAUCACUACAUUUUUUCUUUGACUUUUAAAUUAAACAAUAGCGUGCGGCACGUGAGAAUUGAACACUUUCAAGGUAAUUUCAGUUUCGGCAGCUGUACGAAAUUCAAAUCGCAAACUAUUGUGGAAUUUAUUGAGAAUGCUGUGGAACAUUCUAGAAGUGGUCGGUACUUAUUUUUUCUGCACAGGAGGCCUGUGAUUGGUCCUGUGAGGGUCCAGCUGUUACAUCCGUUUUCCAGAUUUAAACAGGUGCAGAGUUUACAGCACAUGUGCAGGUUCGUCAUUCACAAAAACGUCCGUCGUGAUCUGAUUCCGGAACUACCCCUGCCCAGGCGUAUGAUCGAUUAUUUAAAUACGCCCCAGUACUACUCUGAAAGUUUUGCCGACUUGCCCCUGGAAAUUGGCGAGGAUCCUCGCAAUCUACCAUCCUCCGGAGAGAAUACUUUAAGUUUUGUGCCGCCUUCCUUAAACGGUAAUAUGAUGGAGGAAAAUGAAAAUGUGGAACAACGCCGGAAUUUGCAGUCGGAUAACAUGAUACCUGUCAACGAAUAUAUUAUUUUUAAUGCCUAAAAAGGGUACUGCCAGGUGUAGUAAGUAGACAAUCUUUUAUGCAAAAAUUACUUUUGAAGUAAUUUGAAAAAGGGUAUUCUAGUAGUAGUUGUUUAGCCUCAUAUAAACUGUAUAAAACAAAUAUAAUAAAUUAUACUUUUAGCUAGGUAAGAUUUUUAAACAACCAAAGUUUUUUAUGUGAUCUAACUUAUUUUAAAAUUAAUAACGACUUUAUUAGGUUAGAGAAUAGAUAACUAUUAGACAAGUAGAUGAAAAGGAAAAUGUGUUUUCAGGCAAUUUAGUUCAAGUGGAAAAACAAAUAUGUUUGUAGAUGAAAGUGGAAGGAAAAGUGACUGUGAUGUUGGUAAUUUGUUUUUCUACUCUUUAGAUUUUUUUUAAAAUAAAAUUAUAGUCAAUUUUUUUGGCUAAAAUGGUUAGUACUAGAAGUAGAUAAUCAUCAAGAUGCGCACAAAUCUAAAGCUUGUUUAAUUUUUGAUUCUGUAAUAUUUAUUUUGCUGGUUAUAUUUCAACUUUUUAGUUCCUGUAUGGUUUAUUAAGUUUGUUACUGUAAAAAUUAGCCUUUACCAGCUGGUGAAAAUUAAAUAAGUAAAACAAAAAAAAACAGUAUUUUAUUCAAUUUAUCCCAUUAACCCUUAUUAACCUAAUAAUUGUGGAAUUCCUAAAGUUUUCCUAACUAAAUUCUCAGCAAUCCUACUAAAUUCUUCUCGAUUUUCCCGCCACAUUUUCGCCGCGUCUACAUUGGCGCCGCUUUCAUCGUUUGGUUCUGCGAGCAUGCUAACAACUGACAGUAAUAUUUUUUCAACGCUCUGCACUGGGGACCAUCUUUCGGCACUGGAUUCGUAGCCCAUUGGGUCGUCUCCUGGAGCAUGCAAGAUUGAGAUGCAUACUCUACCAUCAGAAUAA